UUCGAUAGAUUGCCUAUUAUAUAAUAUACAGAACUAUUUAAGUAUAGUAAGCUCGACCAAAUUUUAUAUUCUAACUAUGGCAUUUUUAAAACUCCGAUUCCUGAAAUUUUUAUCAAGACUUUACUCUGAAUUUUCAAAAACUCUUACAAUAUAUACACAUCAUUGAUGAGCCGACCACCGUCGAAUCAUGUAGCUAUAUAUAAUCAACACGAGUGAUUUUCUUUUGUCCUCCGCAGAUAUAGCGACUAACUAAGGGAAAUUAUGGCCGGAAAUGUCGCUGACGACGAGAGGGAAAUGCGGAGCCGACUGCCCAGCCAGGACGAAGGAUCGAGACUGCUCGGCGAACCGGCCGAGGAUGGGUUCUGUGAGCGCAUCAAGCCAAAAGUGAGCCUGUGCCUGGGCACCACGGCCGUGCUGUCGUUCAUGGUGUUCCUGUUCCUCGUGCCGUUCGUCGUCGACCCCGCGGUGUCCAGGCUGAUCGCCCGGUACGCGCCCGAGCCCGGCACGUGCGCGCUGCAUGAGCACGUGUUCGCGGCCGGCUUGAGCAAGUGUACGUGGUCGUCGUGCCGGGAAGGCUGCACGUCGGCCACCACGCGGUGCCAUCAGAUAACCGUCAACUACUCACUGACGCCGUACCAACAAUACGAACAGGAUCGCAUGUCUCCCGAGUCACUGAAAUGGGCGGGCACGGUGGUCCGGUUCCUGGUGAACACCGAAGGGUGCGGAUAUCCGCCAUUCGUCAACUGCACCACGUUCGCCUUGAAGUACGGCCACAUCGGUGUGGAGGACAUCCCCGAGUUCGAUARCAUCAAACAGCCGGUGAUCCGAGAACUGUACAGGCACGGUAACGAGACGACACCGCUGGCACUACUUCCGCCGCCAACGCUGUUGGAAGCCUCCGACGGCGCGCUCCGGAUGACCGCGGUUGACCGGCCGGAGCGAGAAGUCUCCGUCGCGACGUCGGCGGUCGCACUGAAAGUGUUCCCGUGUUACUACAGCCGCGCUUACCCCGACAGGGUGGUGGCCGACUACGACUGGCACCACACCAUCAAGACCCUGGUGGCCGCCGUGGUCAUACCCUGGACGCUGUUCGUGCUGUCGUGCACGGUACUGUGUUACUGGUACUGUCCGGCGCUCAAGCGAGAGUUCAUGAUCGACAAGAGAAAGACGGCGGCAAUCAAAAACGAAAACCCGCAACUAGUGAUCCGGAGAAAAUUGUCUAAACGGCCAUUCAGUACAGACGAAGAAGAUGGCGAUUAUUGAUCAAUAGACACACACAUUUGCUAUUUAAUAAUGGCUUUUUCUCAGGCACAAAAGCGAGUGCUAAAUAUUUUCAGUUCACUGAUUCAAUAUAACUACAUUUAUACUUACAUUUAUAUUCAGCUUUAACUUCACCUGAAUCUAAAUCAAUAAUUAUGUACACCAAAAAUCAUUUUCUUUUUUAAAAAUGUUUUUUUUAAACUUAUAUAAUACGAGUAUAUAUUUAUUUACAAAGCCUACAAAUGCUAAUCGCUUUAGUCAUAAGUAAAUAAAAU